CGGAUACCGUGUACGAUAUCUCUCGUGAGAAGCACGGUCUAUCACAACAACAAUACCCACGGCGUUGGACCCGGGUCUUUCUCUAUCUUGGCCUCCAUCGACCAUGAUACACUGGGCACCUCGCAUUCAGCCAACUGAUUCCUUACAAUUCCAUUACUAUUUCCCCCCGUCUUCAGCCUGCGUUGGUUUGAAGGUUGAGGAGAGAGGGAGGGGGGAGGGUCCCACAUCAUCGACAUACAAGCACCGGCGCAUGAAUAAGAAAUGACUGCAUAGACACUUGCGCAACGUCGUGCAUACACGAGGGAUGGAUGAGGGGGCAACAGAUCAGGCCAUUUCUAGAUUGGGAAAAUCAACGACAACGCCUGUCGAAAUUUCAUUGGAGAGGGAGGGGGCAGCCGAGGUUUAGACAACGAUUGGGUGGAUGGAUGGAGGAUGAUAUGAGUAAGCCUAUAGCAGGCAGGUCAAGCAGGAAAGUGGGACAUGAACAUCGUUCGAUGAGGACGAUGAUGAUAAAUGAUGCAUGUGAUUCGAGAGAGCGCGGUCUUAGCAGUCGCAUUAUCAUGCAUUAGACAACCCCCCCCCCC